CACCCACACUCCAUUUGUAAGAAAGAGAGAGAGAGCGUGUGUGUUAAUGCAGGUGGAGAAUCAAAUGCUUUGUGUAAAGACAUCCCAUUUGCUAUUUCAGUGUUUCUUGUCAUUUAGAGAUGGAGAAAAAAGAGAAAAAUUCCACAAAAUGAAUAUCUUUACAUACUAAAAAGGCCAAGCAAAAACACCUAUAUUGUCUCAAAGAAGAAGAAUCUCUCUUUGGGUUUUGCAUUUUCCAUCUUGGCUUCUCUCUCCCUUUUCCUCUCAACCUCAAAAGUUUCUUUGAAGAAAUCGUUGUUAACUGGUUGAUCAAGAUAUCAGCAUAGUCUCCUCCUAUUUUUAGUAGAAGAGAAGUGUUUUCUGUCAUUCCCAAUGGUCUCAAGGUCAUAUUCUAACCUCUUAGAUCUUGCUUCUGGCAAUUUGCCAAGCCUUGGACGAGAGAAGAAGAGGCUCCCUCGAGUAGCUACUGUUGCUGGGGUUUUGUCUGAGCUAGAUGAUGAUAACAGCAACAGUGUUGGUUCUGAUGCUCCAUCAUCUAUUGCUCAAGAACGGAUGAUCAUUGUGGGAAACCAGCUUCCACUUAAAGCACACAGAAAUUCAGAUGGUGAUGGAGAGUGGAGCUUUAGCUGGGAUGAGGACUCCCUUCUGUUACAGCUCAAAGAUGGUCUGGGGGAAGAUGUUGAAGUAAUCUAUGUUGGUUGUCUUAAGGAAGAAAUUGAUCCUAGCGAGCAUGAUGAUGUGGCACAAAGGUUGCUUGAAAAUUUUAAAUGUGUCCCAGCAUUUCUUCCUCCUGAUCUUUUUAGUAAAUUUUAUCAUGGAUUUUGUAAGCAGCAUCUCUGGCCUUUAUUUCACUACAUGCUUCCUCUAUCACCAGAUCUUGGUGGCCGGUUUGAUAGGUCACUUUGGCAAGCUUAUGUUUCUGUGAACAAGAUAUUUGCAGACAAAGUCAUGGAGGUGAUUAGUCCUGAUGAUGAUUUUGUAUGGGUUCAUGAUUACCAUUUGAUGGUUUUGCCAACCUUUUUGAGAAAGAGAUUUAACAGGGUGAAGCUGGGAUUCUUCCUUCAUAGUCCAUUCCCGUCAUCUGAAAUUUAUCGGACUCUCCCUGUUCGAGAUGAUCUUCUAAAAGCACUUCUCAAUGCCGACCUUAUUGGGUUUCAUACUUUUGAUUACGCCAGGCACUUCCUCUCCUGUUGUAGUAGAAUGCUUGGAAUUUCCUACCAAUCUAAAAGAGGCUACAUAGGUCUUGAGUAUUAUGGCCGCACUGUCAGCAUUAAGAUUCUUCCUGUUGGGAUUCAUAUAGGUCAGCUUCAAUCUGUGCUGAAUCUUCCUGAGACUGAAUCUAAGGUUGCUGAGUUACGAGAUCAAUUUGAAGGUCAAACUGUUUUGCUUGGGGUUGAUGACAUGGAUAUAUUCAAAGGAAUCAGCUUGAAACUUUUGGCCAUGGAGCAACUGCUGAUGCAACAUCCUGAUAAGAGGGGUGAUGUUGUUUUGGUUCAAAUUGCUAAUCCUGCAAGAGUGAGUGGUGCAAUUCGCGUAAAUCCAUGGAACAUAGAUGCUGUAUCUGAAGCUAUGGAUUCUGCCUUACGAGUCUCUGAAGCAGAAAAACAGUUACGGCAUGAGAAGCACUAUCGGUAUGUUAGUACACAUGAUGUUGCUUACUGGGCGCAUAGUUUUCUGCAAGAUCUUGAAAGGGCAUGUAGGGAUCAUAUGCGAAGAAGGUGCUGGGGAAUUGGUUUUGGCUUAGGGUUUCGGGUAGUUGCCUUAGAUCCUAAUUUCAGGAAGCUUUCGGUUGAACACAUUGUUUCAGCCUAUAAGAGGACCAAGAACCGAGCCAUCCUUUUGGAUUAUGAUGGUAUAGCAAUGCAGCCAGGUGCAGUCAGUACAACAACUCUUAAUAUGGAAGCUGUUGAAAUCUUGAACAGCUUGUGCAGAGAUCCCAAGAAUGUUGUCUUCCUCGUUAGUGGGAAAGACAGAGAUAGCCUAGCUGAAGGGUUUUCUUGUUGUGAGAAGCUUGGAAUUGCAGCAGAGCAUGGCUAUUUCGUCAGGGCAAAUCAUGAUGCAGACUGGGAAACUUGCAUUUCAGUGCCAGAUUUUGGCUGGAAACAGGUUGCGGAGCCAGUUAUGAAGUUAUACACUGAAACAACUGAUGGUUCUGCAAUUGAGACUAAAGAGAGUGCUCUUGUUUGGAAUUAUCAAUACGCAGAUCCUGAUUUUGGUUCCUGUCAGGCUAAAGAACUUUUAGAUCACCUAGAAAGUGUUCUUGCAAAUGAGCCUGUUUCUGUCAAGAGUGGCCAACACAUAGUGGAAGUUAAACCUCAGGGUGUCAACAAGGGUCUGGUAGCAGAACAUCUACUUGUAACAAUGAAGCAGAAGGGAGUCCUUCCAGAUUUUGUUCUGUGUAUUGGGGAUGAUCGUUCAGAUGAGGAUAUGUUCGAGGUGAUAAUGAGUGCAAGGAAUGGUCCCUCACUCUCUCCAGUAGCUGAAGUAUUUGCAUGCACUGUUGGCCAGAAACCAAGCAAGGCCAAGUACUACUUGGAAGAUACAACUGAGAUUUUGAGAAUGUUGCAGGGCCUUGCCAAUGCUUCGGAGCAGGCUGCUAGAAAUGCUUCACAAGUUUCUCAGAAAGAGGUCAUCGACAGAGAUUAAUUUUUCCGAAAUGUAGAUUGGAUUAUCUUAUGUAGAAGAUCCCAAUCUCUAGCUAUUUGGCUCUCUGAUUGGGUUCAGACACAGAAGUAUUUGAGGUUUGGGUCUCUCUCUCUGUUAUAGAAAUAGAACAUUUUGAAGUUCUGACUGCAACUGGAUGAUCCGCACCCAUUGAGUUCACAGUAUUUUAGAGAUGGGUUUUAGUCUCCUUUCAUCUGUAGUUUAUAUUGGAUUGCAGAGAAGAGUAAGUAAAUACAUAGAAGAAACUUUUGAGAUGCUCUAGCAUUUGAGUUUGUAAAGAUUGGCAUUGGGAAUGAGACUGAUCCUAGCAGGCUCUUCUCUGCUUGAUAUAUCUGCAAAUGAUGAUAAUAAACUCUUACCCACA